CUUGUACCAAUAUAGGUAGCCAUGUGCCAGGAAAACACCUCAGCUCAUUAGCCCCAGCGAAGAAACCGACAACAUGACAAGUGUUCAGAUUCUCAGCGCAUCAGUUGGAAAGUUGUCAAUGUAAAACAGAUUUAUCCGUGUACACCCAGUUUUUAUCGUUCGAAUUUUGAUAGCCGAUUGUUCAAUAUACACAAUGACUUACUUGAGUUCGUGGGAAGAGUUCGAGAAAUGCGCAGAAAGGUUAUAUUUGCAAGAUCCAAUGAAGGCGAGAUAUACGAUGAAAUACUGCCAUCAGAAGGGCGUUUUGUGCUUGAAGUUUACGGACGAUCGAACGUGCCUACAAUACAAGACUGAAAUUGCUCAAGAUGUGAAAAAAAUGGAAAAGUUUAUAAAGAAUUUAAUGCGACAUAUGGCAUCAAAGGACAACUAGAGCAAUAAUGUUUAUUACUAGGACUUUACGAUAACCAACUUUUUGUGCAAUGAAAAGUUGUAUUUUGUGGUACAGCCUUUUACAGUCAAUCAAGGUGUAAAAUUUACACUUUGCAAAGGCAUAUACUUAAUCUGUGCAUUUGAAUAAUCGCACUGGGAAUUUUUCACAACUCAGUUUGGUCGGCUCUAGCAUUGUUGAAACAAUGUUAAAAACACAUAAGAUAAUGAACAUUCUCUUUUGUAAUUAUUGAAUUAUAAAAUAUUUUAAUAACUAUUGCUAUUUAAGAAAAACCA